AUGGCUAUUCCCUUCAUCGGGAGGCUUCGCCCCUACGAGUAUCUUGCCCUCGUGGGCUCAUUUCUUCUUGUCGGACUUGAGGCAGUCAUUCGCGUCUUGACAUUGGCGCUGCCCCCAUUUCUUGUAUCGCUUUUUUACAGAGCUUCCAGGAGGCUCUUCAACAGGUUCUCUGCUCCUGCGAGGAGAAGGGCGGAGAGUAAACGUAAAUCGAUAUCCACUUCUGUUCGAGACGCACCAGACUUUGUCGAGUUGUGUCGCAUCUGGGGCUAUGAGGCCGAGGAACAUAUUGCUCAGACCAAAGAUGGAUAUCUUCUAGGUCUUCAUCGACUCCAAUGGAAGAAGGGCGAAGAAGGUCAGAAGGUAAACUACGGACCAACAAGCUUGAAGAAGAAAGUCAUCUACAUGCACCAUGGCCUCCUCAUGAAUUCUGAAGUUUGGGUUUCUCUCACUGAUGAGCAAAGAUGCCUCCCCUUUGAGCUGGUUGAAAGGGGAUACGAUGUUUGGUUUGGCAACAACCGAGGUAACAAGUAUUCCAAGAAAUCGAUUCACCAUUCUCCAAACUCGAAUGCCUUUUGGGACUUCUCUAUCGACGAAUUUGCCUUUCACGACAUCCCGGACAGCAUCGGUUACAUCCUCGAGACCACACAGCAGGAGAGUCUUUCGUACAUCGGCUUCUCGCAAGGCACAGCUCAGGCUUUUGCCAGCUUAGCUAUUCACCCCAAGCUCAACAACCAGGUCAACGUCUUCAUCGCUCUCGCUCCUGCCAUGGCUCCAGCUGGCUUAUCUAGUGGAAUUGUCGACGCGCUUGUCACGGCAUCGCCUUCUGUUUUGUUCCUCCUGUUUGGUCGUCGCUCUAUCCUCAGUUCCGCAACCAUGUGGGAGACGAUUUUGUACCCGCCUAUCUUCAGCAAGCUUAUCGACAUGGGCCUAUCGUUCCUGUUUAACUGGCAGACCCUCAAUAUCUCGGCCAGUCAGAAGUUGGCAGCAUAUCCUCAUUUGUACUCUUUCACAAGCACCAAGAGUGUGGUUCAUUGGUUCCAGAUCAUCCGCAACAAAUGUUUCCAGAUGUACGACGAUGAUGUUCACCAGCCGAUCAGUGUUACCUCAACCAGGAAGUACUCCAAGGUGGCCAAAUACCCAACUCGAAAUAUCAAGACACCCAUUGUGCUGGUGUAUGGAGGCAGCGACUCCCUGGUAGAUAUUAAGGUGAUGUUGAAAGAGCUGCCGCCUCAGACUGUCGCAACCGAAAUUCCUCACUAUGAGCAUCUCGACUUCCUUUGGGCAAGAGAUGUGGAUAUGCAGGUCUUCCAGCACGUUUUUGAUGCGCUUGAUAGCUUCACCGACGCUGAGCAUACAAAGGAGGAGUAUGAUCGAUACUAUAUCAGCCGGCAAGAGAGUCUUCUAGGUUCAGGAUAUGCAUACGCAAAUGCUCAUCAGGGUAGCGAGAGCGAGUCUUCGACUCUUACCCCGAGCCUUGAGGGCACCAACGUUCUCCAGCUAGCGCCCGCCCCUCAGCCUCACCGAGCUCGAGAGCCUGCUUCUGGAAUCCCUUCGCCGAAGAACACGACACGACACAGAGUGAACUACUCUAUUGAUAAAAUAGAAGAGCCACCGGUUACCCCGACUUUCCAACCCGAACCUGACGCUGCUCAAGAGCUGGUGGAUGAGAGUGUCCAAACCCCUCUGGCGGCUAGAGUUAAGGCUGGUGUUAAGCGUAGCGGAAGUGUCGGGAGCAACAUCAGUCUGGACGGUAUGCGAGAAGGUCGAGGAAUCACCAUCGGAGCGAGUAGAGCCGUCGGAGGUGUGGUGACCAAGAGCGGUGCCAGCGGAACUAACGGAGAAGGCAGCCCCGGUAAGGAAAGUGGUUCAGAAAAGAAAAAGAACAAGUAG